AUGGAGGUGGUAUCAGAGGCAUCAUUCCUGGCACUAUCCUUGCUUACAUUUGAUCCCAACUUCAGGUCAGAGUUUGAUGGUGAGGAUACCCGACUUGCAGAUAACUUUGAUGUGAUUGCAGGAACGAGCACUGGCGGUCUUGUGACUGCCAUGUUAACAGCUCCAGAUGAAAACAACCGUCCUUUAUUGGCGGCAAAAGAUAUCAAGCCUUUCUAUCUCCAACACUGCCCUAAGAUUUUCCCACAGAAAAGGGGCAUGUUUGCAUCACUUAGAAACAAAUUGAAUUUAUUAGCAGGACCCAAGUAUGAUGGGAAUUAUCUCCAUGAAGUUUUGAGGGAGAAACUAGGAAAUAUUCGUUUGAUGUCAAGAAGUUGCAGCCCACUGUAUUCUCCGCUUAUGAGUACGGCUGCAGCUCCAACUUACCUUCCUGCUUACCAUUUUAGUAGCCAAGAUAAAGAAGGGAAUACUUGGGAAUACAAUCUUAUUGAUGGUGGUGUUGCAGCAAAUAAUCCGGCUUUAGUUGCCUUAUCCCAGGUGACCAAACAGGUCUUCAAGGGAAAUCCAUCUUUCUUCCCUAUUAAACCCAUGGAUUAUGCACGCUUCCUGGUGAUCUCAAUCGGCACCGGCUGUGCAAAGGUGGAACAUAAAUACAGUGCAAAAAUGGCAGCCAAAUGGAGUGUUUUUCGUUGGUUACUUCAUGGAGAUUCCCCUCCACUGGUAGAUGUUUUCACUCAAGCAAGUGCAGAUAUGGUUGAUUUCCAUCUUUCUGUAGUUUUCGGAACUCUUCAUUGUGAAGAACAUUACCUUAGAAUUCAAGUAAGCUAAUCUCAACUUUCUUUCUCCUACUAUUUUUGUUUUUUCAAUCAAUCAGAAAAUAUUAGUCGAGAGCUCCAUGAGUUAUGGUACUGAAAAAAACAAAACCACCUGGGAAGAAAAUGCUCUCACAACGGGAUUGAGAUCAUCUGCAUUAUACAUUUUUUUCACUCAAUUUCACUCAAUAAUAGAUUUUGGAUUCAAAUUGG